CCGCAGUUAAUGCUCAUGUUUUGAGACGUUGACGACAAAGAAGCCAUUGGCCCCACUAUCAUUAUCACAGACCCCAGUACCGUCCAGAUGAGAAGCUGUUAAGCUGUGCGUUACGUUAUCGUUGUGUUCGGUUUCCAUUAAUCAGAACUGUAUCAUUCUGCUGCUGUUGGUCGAUCUGAGUUAUCCCUGUAGACACGACGGCCUACACGACAGCGGCAGUAGGCCGCAACAGGGACUGUGCAAAGCGGGCGGCCAGGCUGAUUUCUGCUGGUUGCUCCGUAGAUUUUCGUAAGGAGCAAGUAGUAAAGCAUUCUGCCACUGAAACUCCUACUUCGAUCAGUGGCUACUGCGUGCAGUAUACGUUCAGCAGCAGCAGUCAAUAGCAGUGUUCGAGGAUACAGCCCAGAAUACACAAGAGUGGGCUAGUCGUGUGUUUUGAGUGGGUUUAGAAAUCAGCGGUUAGCAGUGGGUAACAGCUAACCGAAUUUGCUGAAUAGCUGCUCAUCUAUAAUAAUCACAACGAUUGUAUAGUAAUAAUAAUAAUAAUAACAAGAGCUAACGAGCAAGCAAAAAAAAGAAGCCAGUGCAAAAACCGAAGGCAGCCGAUUCUACUAGUCAGUCACUUGCAGCUACGACAGUAUCAGCAAUGGUAGUGAUUCUGGUCGUAGCCAACGUGAAGUGUCGCUUAUGCACUUUGGUGUCUCGAUGCUUUCGAAGGAAUCAAUAAUAAAGCUAAUAUCAAUAGCACAGCUAGACGUUAAAUGAAUGACUAGCGACUGCUGCGAUUAUUCAGCGUGCUCCAUCAAUAAGUGCUGUCAUUGUCCUGUGUUCGAAUAAGCCUGACCUGCGCGACGGACCUAUCAACAAUGCCGGGUGGUCACAGCCGUAACUCUGGCUCGUUCUGGUGAGUUCUGGGGGUACUAGGGCCAAACGACUGGGGCUAAGAAGAGCAACUGUUUUGCUGUAUUGGGAUUUCAAUUAUUUGCUCUUUGUGCUACUAAUAGUAGUAAAUCAAGUGGCCAUACGAAACACAGCCGCAGACCAGUUCCUCGCGUUUGAUCCGGGUAGUUGGUUUGACCACCGAGAGGGGGUAAUCCGUUCAUUCACCGGAAACCUACCAGUCGUACCAACUAGCCAAUGUGGUACCGUUUCAACAAAGAGAUAUAAUACCAGUAAGAUUGAAGCGGCAGCUGUAGCUCAAGUGGUAAUGUCUGAAAGAACGGUUGGACAAUGGUGAUAUCUGUGAAGCAUUAUUUUUAGCAUCUUCCAGUCUGUCUCUUUGUCUGGCGCACGUGAAUUUAUUUAUCGACUGGUGAAACUUGAACCGGCUGAGCGAUUUCGUUACAUGGCAACGGCACCGGCACUGGUUUUAUUUGAAUGGGUUUCAAAAAUUCGUGCACGCGAAUGCGUCUGUGCUCUCGAGUCUUCCGCCCAAAGUCGAUGCAUGUAACACGUCUGUUUCAUCCCCCUAUAUUUUUGGCUAGGGUCGUAGUUCUAAAUUUGUCGCUUUAGUUAAAUAUCUGAACUAUAAGUUAAAGUUCGGUAAACAAACUGACGGAAUCAAAGAUUGGCUGUAGCUCGGCCGACUGGUGGGAACGUACCGUGCAGCAGGGUUAAAUAAACUAGAUAAACCACACGGCUCCAACAACAUCUCAUAGGGUGUAAUCACGCAAAUAAACGAAUUUAGAGCUAUGAAGAGUAACACUGACACGGACUUGAUGCUAUGAUACAAACGUAAGAUAGCAGGGACUUGUAGUUACCUCCUUUCGGGUAAGUUGAGAAGCCUACCAGGGCUGAACCUCUACUUCCCUGCCUUCCAGUUCUACGUAUUAUGAACAUUUGCUGCUGUAGGUCCGGUCAUAGCAACAUGUACCCGCACCACCAUUUUCCAUUAGAACUGAUCCAGACCGUUCAGCACUAGAUGACAAGUACUUUUUUAUAAAACGAGGCUAAUUAUUAUAAUCUAAAAAGUGACAGAAUCCGUUUUUUCUUUUCCGGAGUUUCUUUUUCUUGUCGUUGCUCCGAAGAAGACUUUUUCGUAAAUAUGUAUGUGACCUGAUCGCUAUUAACGACUGCAUCUGUUGACGUUUUUAGGACGUUCUUUUAUCGUUGGCCCUGUUUAUACCCAAAAUAUUCAACUGCAUUGAGAAUAUUUACUAUUGAGCAGUGUGUGCGUCCGUGCACUUACGCUCAAUUGCACGUGGCUUAACUACGCAGCAGUUACUAUCACAGCCGGUGUUACUAUUACGAACUAUUAUUCCUGUUGGAAAAGGAGGCUUGGACAAUUAGUGACACGGAGCAGAGGACUUUUUUUUUACGUAGCCUAGUAUAUUAGCUUUAUCUGUUUUAAGACUGUAGAAUGUAGAUAUUAAUACAAAGCUACAAUCGACGAAUUAGAAGUUGAGCACUAACGAAAAUACUAGCCUGCAUUGAUCACCAACCAGCCAAUGGUUAUUUUUACCGGCGACCCCUACGGGUACUGUGGGGUAUUUAUUAAUAUGUAAAAGUGGAAUUUACCGUCGGAUUUCUUAAAUAAAUCGGGCAUGCUUAUUGCCGAAAAAACUGUAUUGUACAACGUAAAUAAAUGUGGCACACGCCAUUUUUAUGAAAUAACAAAAAAAUCUUAAAAGAAAAAAAUAUAUUUAAGCUCAGCGACCUGAUGAAAUAUACAUGUCGGCUUGGUCUUCAAAAUCAUGUUGGGUAGCUUAACCACUUACGAUACGAACAACUCCUUUCAAAGACUUUUCGUUUUUAAUUUACUAGUACAUAUCAACGGCACGCCACAACUGUCCUCGUUAGUUCCUAAAUAGUGGAAACUUGCAGAAUUUUCGUGUGAGGUAGAGGUGGGUUCGUUUUUUUAAGUAGGAUGGACAAGUGAAAACGUAAGGAUGGUAUCUGCUAAUCGAGAGAAGGAGACAGUAGCCAUCAACAUUCUGUUACUCGCUGCAACUCAAUUACAGAGUUACACCACGAAAGCUCUCAGGGAGCGCAAGUCUUCCCAGGUAGAGAAUUUCACUAGAGACAGUGAUUCCAGCGGGUCCCUCCCACCACGAUUACGUGAGACCAUUCGCGACAACUCGAACUAAGCGUUGCCAGAAAACCGGACUUCUGCGUGUCGAAAACAAACAGCGACAGAGGAAAAUCACUUGGGGCGUCCGCGGUAUCAAGCAAUGCAAAUGACUAUUAUUUGCUACUAGAGUUUCCUGUAUGUGUACGAGUCGCUUGUGCGCACACUGCAGAUGUUUAGAUUUGUAUACGUGUGCACGUCUGCCUAUCCGCUAUAACCGUGCUUAUUGUACAGCUGUCGUUUCACGACGAAGUUGUCGUAACGGAAGGGAACAGCAGCGACAAAAAGAAACUAGAGACGUCGCCAGGGCUAUUUACGCGUGCCGCUUUGAAAUAGUGAAGGUAUUGAGCAUAGGAGUGCAAAACUGUUACAGUUCGUAAUCUGCCGUUGUAGUGUGAGAUCGAGACGGGCGGGUACGAGUUUGUCAUUUUUGGCCCGUUGAAAGCCAGCGGCAAAGAGGUCUGUGCGGUUGUGCAUUAUCAGUUAUAACGAGAUAUUAGAAAUCGAAGCGAUUUGUUAUCAGACCGAUAAAAAAUGGGUAGCCGAUCUGCGAUGAACGCAACUGACAAGAAGUUGUUGGACAAUCUACAAUCUGAUCUCCGACAGUUGUCCAAUGAAGCCAAAAGAAAGUUUCCGGCCGUCAAGGAGGCGGCAGAAUCCGGCAUCGUAAAGCUUCGUAACGCGGCCACAAAACACGAACAGUUAGUGUUAGCUCUACGUUCUGAUUCCCCAGAGAUUCUGGAACCGUUCUUCGCGGGAUGUGAGAGUAAACAUCCGAAAAUCGUCCAGAUAUCGCUAAACGCCAUUCAGCGAAUGAUUAACAUAAAAGCAGUUAACAAUUUGGCCGCUUCAAAUAUUGUCAACUGCCUGUGGAAUCUGAUGGAGACAGGUUUGGAAGAGGUCAAGAUACUACAAACGAUCACCCAGCUCCUGGUGACAACGGACUCCGUGCAGGACCAUGUGCUCGCCAAAGCGCUCGUCAUCUCGUUCCGUCUCCAUUUCACGAAAAAUUUGACCACAAACAAUACAGCUAGCGCCACCAUACGACAAUGUGUUAACUGCGUCUUUGAGAGGGCCAGGGAUCAUCUUAAGGAGCGCACCGAUUUGACAAAGGCCUACCAAUGUGUAGACGAACUUAAGACAGGAACACAUGCAGCCCCACCGUCACUGGCGCGACCGUCUGCUGAUGCCUAUUUAUUGUUUCAGGACCUCACUUUCAUGGUGAACGCGGAGCAACCCACAUGGCUUCUUGGCCUUCAGGAAAUGACGCGAAGCUUCGGUCUCGAACUGAUCGAGGACAUACUCGCCGAAUUUUACCAGAUUUUUAUCACACAUCCAGAGUUCACCUUUCUGCUAAAAGAGCGCGUAUGUCCUCUUGUCAUAAAGCUGUUUUCACCUAAUACGAAGUUUCGUGCGCCCCAGCCAACACCGGGGGUUAGCCAAGAGAAACCGUUCUUCGCUAUUUGCAUGCGAUUGAUUCGUAUCGUCUCUGUGCUAAUUGCGAGAUUCUAUUCGUGUCUGGUCACCGAAUGUGAAAUCUUCCUCAGUUUGAUCACGAAAUUUCUCGAUCCGGAAAAGGUGGAAUGGCAGAGGGCGCUUGCGCUCGAAGUUAUGUACAAGAUGUGCUCACAGCCGGACCUACUCCGAUGUUUUUGCAUACACUAUGAUAUGAAAGCACACUCAUCAAAAAUUCUCCAGGAAAUCAUCAAUUCACUGUGUGUUUGUGUUGAGUCGUUAUUCUUGCAAGAUCAGAUACCGACGCAACUUAAUCCGGCGCAGCCCGGUCAGCCAAUUCAGACGCCUCAGCCAGUAUUCAACUACAAAGGCCGCGCUAUGCCUCUUCUUCACAAAGUUACCCAGGGUCCACUCAAACCGUUGUUCGCGGAAAUGCUAGAUAAAGUCGAACCCUCCGUUGUUCCUGAGGGCUACUGUCUUUCCAUCGGUUACGUUUCCAUUAUCGAGAUGAUCACAUCGAUCACUAAACUAAUUCACAAAUACCAAAAGAAAAGCCCUACGACCGAAGAGGAAGCCACUGCGAAUCAGGAACUGUGCAUUCAGCUCGUACAUUCAUCCUGGGGUGGACUCAUUUCGGUAAUGGGUCUUCUACUCGAGACGAGUUGUGACGAACAGAUUACCGACACGCUUCUGACAUGCAUUACAUCUUAUGCGGUACUUUGUGGACAGCUGAACAUGUGUACACCGCGAGAUGCAUUUAUCUCAGCCAUGUGCAAAGGAUCCUUGCCACCACAUUAUACGCUUACCGUUCUAACAACGAUUUAUCAGUCGAGCUAUAUUUCGCCACGAACUGUCUUCGAAGCGGAUUCUGUUGUUGAUAUGCGGCCUUCUCUUGGACCUUAUCUAGGGUCGGGCGGUUCUCUCGAUGGUGGGAGUGACAUUGCACCACGUACCGAUCAAAUUGUAGCGGUCGGAACACCCUUGCCUACAAGAUCGCUCCCGCAAGGAGCACAUCAGGGUCCUGUUAUGCUGACAGCCAAGAAUCUUCAAUGUAUGCGGGCAUUGUUAAUACUGUCUCAAUCCAACGGUGCAAUACUCUCUACAGCGUGGCACAUGGUGCUUACAACUCUUCAGCAUCUCGUCUGGAUUCUCGGUUUGAAGCCUGCUGCCGGAGGUGGUCUAAAGGCACCUCCCUCGGGAACUGCUGCUCAAGGAGGUGGGGCUUCGGCAGCUCAGAGUGGACCUAAUGCCACCAACCAGGGUGUGGCCGGUCAGGGGGAAGCAUGUCUAACCACAGCUAUUACCAAUGAUCUCCCAGUACUAUCCGCCAUGCUCAGCCGAUUAUUUGAAAAUUCUCAAAAACUGAGCGAAGUUGCUUUGCACCAUUUGAUUGAUGCUCUCUGCAAACUUUCGCAGGAGUCUAUGGAGCUGGCUUUUAGCAAUCGGGAGCCUUCCCUGUUUGCUGUGGCAAAAUUAUUAGAAACAGCAUUGGUGAAUCUUGGUAGAGUAACAGUUUUUUGGCGUCCGUUAAGUUCUCAUCUAAAUGAAGUUUGUCAACAUCCUCACACAACGAUGCGCGAGUGGGGUGCCGAGGCACUCACUUAUCUCGUUAAGUCGGCUUUAAAUUGCAAGGAAUAUAACCCACCACUGGCUGAAAACCCGGCUCUUCAGCAAAUGUUAUUAGCUCCACUGGUCGACAUGGGGGCGACGACUUUGCAUUUUGACAUCAGGGCAAAGCAGAUCGAGUGUACUUUGGCAAUUUUACAUGCGGGAGUUGCUGGCGAGAGCCUUAGCCAUGGAUGGCAGCAGAUACUUUCGAUCAUCGGAAAUAUCACCGACAAUCAGGGUGUAAUCUGCGUGGGCGAAAAAGACGCCGAUCCUCACUAUCCACUUCUCGUCGCUAAAAAUUGCACGACAGGCGAAGCUCUGGUACGGUCAGCGUUUCAGUGUCUUCAACGGGUGGUCGCAGACUUCCUGCCAAUCAUGCCGUGCUCAUCUCUACAGCUCUGCAUUCAGACGGCAGCAAAGUUCGGUCUUCAAACACAGGAUCUCAAUGUCUCCCUUACGGCUAUUGGACUAUUGUGGAACAUCGCCGAUUAUCUAUAUCAAAAUAAGCAGCGGGUAUCCAAUGAGCUAGGACAGGCGGGUUGCGUCCUGUUAUCCGUAGGCUCAUCAAAGGAGAGCACCCCAACAGGUGGGUCCCCGAGCAGAGAGUUGACAGCCACGCUGCCUCCAUUUGACCAGUUGUGGAUGACACUGUUCUCUUCGCUGGGUGACCUCUGCGUCGAUCCAAGGUCAGCGGUGCGAAAAUCUGGUGGACAAACUCUCUUUUCAACAAUCAACGCGCAUGGCGGCUUGCUCGAACAGCAAACCUGGCAGGCUGUCCUAUGGAACGUAUUGUUCCCACUGCUCGACCGGGUGCGAAAUCUUUCAGGCAGUGCGUCAACGGAAAAAGUGACGGAUAUGGCAGGUAACAUAUUGAUUCACCAUUCGCGCAAUACGGCCCAAAAGCAAUGGGCUGAAACGCAGGUCCUGACAUUAGGUGGCGUUGCGCGCGUGUUCUACGUAAAACGCGACAUAUUACAAAGUCUAGGCGAUUUUGGCCGAGCCUGGGCACUCCUUCUCGAGUUUAUUGAGAACUCGGCAUUGUCAAAAAACAAUGAGGUGUCCCUGUCCGCGUUGAAGAGCUUCCAGGACAUGCUACACAUGACGUCUCGGGGGGGUAGCACCGCCCCACCGAGUAACAUUGCGGCCAGUGUUUGCGGUGAUUCGAUGUCAAGCGCUGCGUCAUUCAAUGGCGAUAGCGGCCUCGAAUCACUUUCUACCGAUCGAGUGUCUGAAGAGGUGAUGUUGUGGGAGACCGCUUGGCGUGUUUGGUGCACCAUUGGGCUGAACUCAACGCAGGCUCCUGCCGAAGGCGAUCAACAGGAAAUGUUCAUUCCAUCGCAGCCCUUCUUGACCGCGUUGAUCCACAUCUUUCCGCUACUAUUUCAGCAUAUUAAGUCACGUUUCCAAGAGGCCGAUCUGCGUAAGUUGUGCCGAGUCCUUGAAAACGCAUCGGCAGUGCCGAUGCACGCGGAUACCGCACCUUUCAUUUUACCAUCACUUACUGAUGUCGUACUUAGUCCGCUACAGGAAGCGAUCCUGUCGACGAUCGACACGAUACAAAGGGAAAUUCUCUUCUCAGCGUGUGCUCACUUAUGGGACAUGCUGCCGGUCCUAUUUGAACAACUGUUGCGGUUCAGCGCGUACGCUUGUCAAGCGCCAUCUUUCGGCGCAUUUACUCCACCCUGCAAUACUUCCGGUGCAAGUGGUAAUAGUGCGAACAGCGGUCCUCAUGGUCUCGAGCAUCAUCUUAAUAAUAACCACAACCACACAAGCAAUAACCUUGCCAACAACAAACCCGUUACCACCGAUUGGAUCACAAUGAGUUUUGUACCGUUCGGUGAACGCGCAAUGGAAAUGAGUGUAUCAUUGUACACGCAAAUCGCGAACAAACGAGCUGUCAUCCAGGCACGCAUCCUUCAUUCCAUCGUCAAGGCGUUGCAUAUUCCGUUGGCUCUGAAGUAUCGAUGUCCCUCAUCAUCAACGUGGAAACUAGCCGUUGCUUCUCUCUUAAGUGCGCUCCAUGUCGGACUGCCAAUUGCCCAUUCUAAUCCGGCUAUGUUCGAGGAAAUGUGGGCAGAUCUGGCUAUAACUCUAGAAGAGUUUUUAUUCUCCGACAGUGUCCCACCGCCAAAUCAAAGCCUUGAAGAGCAACAGAAUGACGAGUCACUAGACACGAGAGUAAUUCAACUGAUUCGUGAAUGCAUCCUUCCUCAUGCCGGCAAGAUGCCGAAGAUCUUCGUUCUACGCGUAGUCGCAUUACUGAAUAAAGGCUCAAUACAUUCCGCUACAUCGAGCGCGCCUGUCGUGGGGGCCGUUCCGGAGCGCAACUCGGCAGCAGGCUCGGGGGUGGCUGCUAACCUUGCCGGGUCCACAAGAGCGCACAGUGCCUAUUGCACGGUACAGACCACCGGCGAGGCUCUCGCGGUUGCCCCUGGGUCCGCGCAAUCACCGAGCUUGACGGUGCUGGCGUCCGGCCAGAUCGCCAAGCCGAUCUCGACCCCGAUCAACCAGCUCAACAACUCAAGCUCAUGGCCCCCUGCCGCUGUUGUUUCUCUUUCUUCUAUGUCUCGCCCCGCCCUUGCAGACGUUGAAUCGAGUCGUAAGCUCCGUGAAGAGUUUGCGAAGGCCUGCUUCGAAACUCUGCUGCAGUUCUCGUUUCUCGAAGGCAAUGCGGUCACCCUACAGCCGGAGACGAACCUUAGCCUUACUGAUGGACCGAUGUCAAGCUCAGCCCAAGCAGGCGCAAUGCCCCAGCAGAACGCAGGUGUCGUAUCGAAGUUGGCUAUCACGUCGCUGCUGCAUAGGUUUGAGGAGGUGAUUUCGUCCUAUGUGGAAGACGAACGAUUGUCAGGAAAAUGCCCGUUACCACGCCACCGGAUGUCCGAGAUCUCGUUUGUACUCAAGGCUAUUGCGACUCUCAUCGCUUCGCUAAAGAAAGCUCCGCGAACCAGCGUUGACCCUUCCGUCUGGAAACAGUUGAUCGCACUCUACCCCAGCCUCGUCAAAUGCACGACGUCAUCUUCCCCACAAGUCUGCCGCUCGCUUCGAGAGUCAUUGCACGAAUAUGCUGAUCUUCUCAGUCCGCCCAGCUAAACCUGCGUUCGAACCAGUGAACAGGUGCAAGAAGAUAAACGCCCACUCCUAAGCCUUUGCACGACCAUGCGCUUCCUUAGGGAUGAGAUGGCAAACGUGCGAAAGAGGUUCCAGAGGCAGUACACAAAUGUAGGAAACGGCCUAUAUAGCGUACGAAACAUAUAUGUUUCGUACACAUAUAUAUAUAUAUACACGAAGAAAAACUGUUAGGUAUAAUGCUAUGAGGUUUGAUAACAAUCGAUCAUGAACGAUUUGAUAAUGAUUAGGAAACGGAGAUAACCACUGCGAAGCAACACAAUCUGUUAGAGAUAAACAUUAUAUUAAUGUAAUGGAACCAAUUUUACCUGAGCGAAGGAUACAAUACACAUAGACCCACUCACAUGUGUAUGUAGCGCAUGUGUUAUGCUUGCUCGUUAGACAGAAAGUGAAAUCAUUAGUGGCUACAGGUUCAGAUGUUGGGGAGUUUGUAGGAAAAAGGACGCAAAGAGUUUUCGUUAAAGGAUGCAAAAUGUCCGCUUAGGGUGCUAACGUUCUUAAUGCUUGCAUAGAUAGAUCGCGAGACAAUAAAAAAUAAGGAAGAACAAGAGUUACCACUGCGCAGGCGGCAUGAAACAAUAAUAAGUCUCCAGCCUGUUACUAAGCUCAUAGUGCUGUAAACCAUUCUUCUGACUACGGCCGAACGUUUUGUUUAAUGUAUGAUAACAAACACGCUGUAGAAGAGAAUAGAACACGAGCGAUGAGUGCGAAAAAAAGAAUAACGACGUAGACAUAGACGAUGCCUCUUAUAUUUACUGUUAUUGUAUUGUAUAAGCAUGACGCUUUAAAGAGCAUCUCUAAAUCACACGUAGAGGUUUAUCGAGGCUUGACCCAUUCUUGAUUUACCUUCAGGCUGAGUUUUUGGUCUCUCUGUGAUUCCACCUCAUUCUAGAACGCUAUAUGAUGACGACGGAAAGCAUACGUAUAUAUAUAUAAUGAUAAAAAUAUAUGAUUAUAAAAAGCGCCUCGAUAAUGCUAGAUAUUGCAGGGAAAGGCUGAAAUUUUAUGCGAUAAAAGGCCCUUUCUCUCAGGACACUACGUUUGUCAGGGCAUGAAUAUGCUUCGCGAUGAGCCCCAAAAGCUUCUGCUAACUGUCUUCGACUGUGCGUCGCAAUGCUAUUACAAAUAUAUAAAUUUAUAUACGUAUAUAUAUAUAUAUAUAUAUAUGCGGGCAGACCAGUUUUAUGUGAUAGAGUUAGCAUAAAUAAGUUAACACACACACACAUAUAUAUAUAUUGCGAGCAUUAAAUCACCUUCGAUCAACAGUUGUACUACUUUUAGCUAAUGAAGAUUGUCGGACCUUGUUGACGGUCCUCAAAAGGCGUGCCGUCGAAACAAUACACACAAACACGUACUAAGAAAAAUGACUGUGAAUAUUUCAAUAAAUUGGUAGUUAACCUGUA